AUGCAGAGCUGCGCCAAGUCUUGGGGAAUCAUCUUCGCCAAGUCGGUGAGCCCCCAUGCACCUUGCAGGCAUCUGAGUGGCAGGAGCCGCUUAGUUGGGAAACUUCAGGCGAGGAUCCGAAAGGGCGAAGCAGCAUCCCUGACGGUGCGGGGCGUCCGGACUUCUACGGUUUUCGCCUCCAGACAGAUCGAGAGGAUCCUGCCCAGACAUGACGACUUCGCCGAGCGGCACAUCGGUCCAGGUGAGAGGGAGAAGAGAGAAAUGCUGGAUGCUCUUGGACUGGAGUCGAUCGACCAGCUGAUCGAAAACACAGUUCCAGCCUCCAUCCGCAUUCAACGGAGCAUGAAAAUGGAUGAUCCAGUCUGUGAGAAUGAGGUUUUGGAGGCUCUCCAGAAGAUUGCAGCAAAGAACAAGAUGUGGAGGUCCUACAUUGGCAUGGGCUACUACAGCUGCUCAGUACCACCACCCAUUCAGCGUAAUCUCCUGGAGAACUCAGGCUGGGUGACUCAGUACACGCCCUAUCAGCCCGAGGUUUCUCAGGGUCGCCUGGAGUCUCUGCUCAACUACCAGACCAUGAUUUGCGACAUCACCGGCAUGGCUGUGGCCAAUGCCUCCCUGCUUGACGAGGGCACGGCUGCUGCUGAGGCCAUGCAGCUCUGCCACAGACAGAACAAAAGAAGGACCUUCUACAUUGACCCACGUUGUCACCCGCAGACCAUUGCUGUGGUUCAGACCAGAGCCAACUACAUCGGGGUGAAGACGGUGCUGAAGCUGCCGCAUGAGAUGGACUUCAGCGGGAAGGACGUGAGCGGUGUGCUCUUCCAGUACCCAGACACCGACGGCAGGGUGGAGGACUUCACUGCUCUGGUGGACCGCGCCCACAAAGCAGGGGCCUUGGCUUGCUGUGCCACGGAUCUGCUGGCUCUCUGUGUGCUGCGGCCCCCCGGUGAGUUCGGGGUUGACAUUGCGCUGGGCAGUUCUCAGAGGUUUGGGGUGCCUCUUUGCUACGGCGGCCCCCACGCUGCCUUCUUCUCCGUGAAAGAGAACCUGGUCCGGAUGAUGCCCGGCAGAAUGGUUGGAGUCACCAGGGAUGCAGCUGGUAAGGAAGUGUACCGGCUUGCUCUGCAGACCAGGGAGCAGCACAUCCGCAGAGACAAAGCCACCAGCAACAUCUGCACCGCCCAGGCCCUGCUGGCCAACAUGGCAGCCAUGUAUGCACUGUACCACGGUCCACAGGGACUCAAACACAUCGCAGAGAGGACUCACAACGCUGCUCUGAUCCUGGCUGAAGGUCUGAAGAGAGCCGGCCACAGGCUGCACAGCGAGAUGUUCUUCGACACUCUGAAGAUCCACUGCAGCGUGGCAGCCAAAGACAUCCUGGAGCGGGCCGUGCAGAGGCAGAUCAACCUGCGAGUCUACACCGAGGGAGUGUUGGGUGUCUCUCUGGAUGAGACUGUGACUGAGAGGGACUUGGAUGACCUGCUCUGGGUGUUUGGCUGUGAAUCUUCAGCUGAGCUGAUCGCUGAGAAGAUGGGUGAGCGGGUGAAAGGGAUUAUGGGAAGUCCUUUUAAGAGGACAAGCAAGUACCUGGCCCACCAGGUCUUCAACAGCUACCACUCAGAGACCAACAUUGUGCGAUACAUGAAGCGCCUGGAGAACAAGGACAUCUCCCUGGUGCACAGCAUGAUCCCACUGGGCUCCUGCACCAUGAAGCUGAACAGUUCCUCAGAGCUCAUGCCCAUCACCUGGAAGGAGUUUGCCAACAUCCACCCCUUCGUACCUCUGGACCAGGCGCAGGGCUACCAGCAGCUCUUCAGGCAGCUGGAGAGGGACCUGUGUGAGGUGACAGGCUACGACAAGAUCUCCUUCCAGCCCAACAGCGGUGCGCAGGGGGAAUACGCCGGCCUGGCUGCCAUAAAAGCCUACCUGAACUCAAAGGGAGAGAAUCAGAGAACAGUCUGUCUGAUCCCCAAGUCGGCCCACGGCACCAACCCAGCCAGCGCUCAGAUGGCUGGCAUGAAGGUGCAGGUGGUGGAGGUCGACAAGGAUGGCAACAUCGACAUGGCACACCUCAAGACCCUGGUGGAUAAACACAAGGCGAGCUUGGCUGCCAUGAUGAUCACCUACCCCUCCACCUUUGGCGUGUUUGAGGAGAAUAUCAGUGACGUGUGUGAUCUGAUCCACCAGAACGGCGGCCAGGUCUACCUGGACGGUGCCAACAUGAACGCCCAGGUGGGUCUGUGUCGUCCCGGUGAUUACGGCUCUGAUGUGUCUCAUCUCAACCUCCACAAGACCUUCUGCAUCCCUCAUGGUGGAGGAGGCCCGGGCAUGGGCCCCAUCGGAGUGAAGGCCCACCUUGCCCCGUUCCUGCCGAGCCACCCGGUGGUUCCCAUGCAGUCGGUGAACACCAGCAGCUCCCUGGGCACCAUCAGCGCUGCUCCCUGGGGCUCCAGCGCCAUCCUGCCCAUCUCCUGGGCUUACAUCAAGAUGAUGGGUUCCAAAGGACUGGUUCAUGCUACGGAAGUGGCCAUCCUCAACGCCAACUACAUGGCCAAGAGGCUGGAGGGCCACUACAAGGUCCUCUUCAGGGGCAGGAAAGGUUUUGUGGCUCACGAGUUCAUUCUGGACGUGAGGCCAUUCAAGAAGACGGCUAACAUUGAAGCGGUUGAUGUGGCCAAGAGGCUGCAGGACUACGGUUUCCACGCCCCCACCAUGUCGUGGCCCGUGUCCGGCACUCUGAUGAUCGAGCCCACCGAGUCAGAGGACAAGGCUGAGAUGGACCGAUUCUGUGACGCCUUGCUGGGAAUCAGACAGGAGAUCGCGGACAUUGAGGAGGGGAGGAUGGACUCCCGCGUCAACCCGCUCAAGAUGGCCCCUCACUCCCUGGCGUGCAUCUCCUCCUCCACCUGGGACAGACCCUACUCCAGGGAGUUCGCUGCGUUCCCCUUGCCCUUCAUCAGGCCCGAGACCAAAUUCUGGCCGAGCAUCUCCAGGAUCGACGACAUCUACGGCGACCAGAACCUGGUGUGCACCUGCCCGCCCAUGGAGGUCUACGAGUCUCCGUACGAAGAGAAGAGAGCCUCGUCGUAGGCGCGUCCGUCUCACCGCGCCCUCAUCACCGGGGUCGACGGCGGUGUCCCCCUUCUCGAACUAUUCCAUUGGUGCAAAGAUGCAACUUUUGCUCUCCCAGGUAGCAAAACGAGCGCACCCUGUGACACUGAGGCCUCUCCAUGAUAACGAACCGCAGCACUACACUUCCGAAUCACUCUGAAGAUCCCUCAAAGAGCCGAGCAGUGUUAAUUUUUUGACCUCCCAUCUCCUUAUAAAUGCCCUCGGUGCCUCUAUUCCAUGUUGUAUAAAAUAGUUGCCCCUUGUUUUUUCUCUUAAAUACCAGAAUGGACUGACAAAACGUAGGUGUCGAGUUGUCUCGUAGGCUUUUGUUAAUAUUUGCAUCCAGUGUAUGAAAAUGUUUUAAUGUAUGUUGUGACAUUAUGUCAGCCACAUAGACGAGGCUAGUCUUAUUGUUUAAUUUUUAAUGAACUGUUUUCUAAUCUUAUAAUUGUUUUCAGUCUGUUCUAGAAGAAAAAAAUGGCUGCAUUAAACAUUUUUUGUCUUAAA